AUGGCAACUACUAUUCCAAAUCACCAAAAAAACCAACGUUUUCAAGCCUUGCGGCCAUCUUCAGGUGAUUAUAGCAAUGCCAUAGACGAUAUUGCCCAAGGAAAGUCAGCAUCACAAAAUAUUACUCAUGACAGAUGGGGUGCUAACAAGGCAGUAGACGACAAUAUCGCCCAAGGAAAGCCAGCAUCACAAAGUACUGUUUAUAGUGGAUGGGGUGCUGACAAGGCAGUAGACGGUGUGAUAGGGAAAGAUGUUGAUGGAGGAAGCUGUAGCUCUACUAACCCGAAAAGAUCUCGUGAGGCCUGGUGGGAGGUUGAUCUUCAACAUAUGUCAAGGAUAAAAUCUAUAAAUGUCACAUACAGAGAACUAUAUCCCUUUCGGCUGUCUGGAUUCUAUAUCUAUGUUUCCAACACGACUGUUUUACACGAUCAACGAGAUACAUGGCAUCUUUGUUACCAUGACGACAUCAAGGAUCCUGAUCUUCUUCCAUCCUUUAACCAAUCUCGUCCCUGUAUCGUUGACGGACGAUAUGUCAUAUUCUUCAACAAACGUCCCGCAGAUAACGAACCCAAGAACCAUAGAUACUACUCGUCAACAAAUGCUGUUGUAGAGCUGUGUGAGGUGCAGGUGUUUGGAUGUCCAAUAAAUAGGUUUGGACUUGGCUGUGAUAAAAGAUGUUACUGUGGUGUGGGUGGAUGUGAUCCGGACACCGGCCUGUGUGACGUCACUGGAUGUCAGAGUGGAUGGACCGGACAAACCUGCUCUGACGAAUGUGGGCCUGGCUUAUUUGGAGUUGACUGCAGAUAUACGUGUCAUUGCUUAAUACCAGGGUGUAAUAAAACAUCAGGAACUUGUACAGUACCAGGAUGUAAAGCAGGUUGGAAAGGGAAUGCCUGUGAUUCUGCAUGCGGGCCUGGCACAUUUGGCAGGAACUGCUUACAGACAUGUCACUGCGCUAAAUUGGGAUGUAACCAUGUCCAUGGCAUCUGUAAUGAGCCAGGAUGUGCAGCCGGAUGGACAGGGUUGGCUUGUAAUCACGCUUGUUCAGGAGAACACUUUGGUAUGGAUUGUAAACAUACAUGCCAUUGUGCUUUUCCUGGGUGUGACAGAUUUUAUGGAAUAUGUACCUAUCCAGGUUGUAUCGCUGGAUGGAAUGGGCCAUCUUGUGAUCGAGUGGAUGAUAACGGAGACGAAAGUAUAUACGUCAAUACUGCGUCUUUGGGUGUGGAGCUGGCAUGUGAUAGUGAAAACCAACAUAAAGUGCAACAUAAACAACAGGAUGAUACACAGGAAGUGGAUGGAGAAGACGAUGAGGUCAUUUACGUCAACAAUCCGACACGGAGUCCUGUCAUUGAAGAUACAAAGCUGAAAGUGACAGAUUUACAUAAAAUCAUUGCGAAAAAGCAAAAUGACGACGCAUUUGAUACUGAAUAUCAGAAUUUACCACACGGUUUGGUCCAUCCACACGAUACUUCCAAGGCGCCUGAAAAUGUUAUCAUGAACAGAUUCAAAACGACGUUUGCAUAUGACCACUCGAGAGUAAUCCUACGUAAAGAAAAGGAAAGCUGCAGUGACUACAUCAAUGCUAACUACAUAGAGGAUACAAAGGGUGUGAAGGCAUACAUCGCAACUCAAGGUCCAAAAGAGACGACUUUGGAGGAUUUCUGGAGAAUGGCAUGGCAGAAUGAAUCUGGAAAGAUUGUCAUGUUAGCAAAUCUUGUAGAACUUGGAAAGAAAAAGUGCUGUAACUACUGGGCUAGAAAUGACGGAGAAGCUCUACAGCUCGGACUCUAUCAAGUGACGUUACAGGAGGAAGUGACAUACGCAUUCCAUACUAUCAGAAAUCUCUCGGUGAAGAACAAACAGUUUAGUCUAAAUUUUCACAGUGCUGGCAUCGGCAGAACAGGAACAUACAUAGGACUAGACGCCUUGUUGAAGGAAGGGGAAAACAACGACAAAAUCGACGUGUUUGCUUACACUAACAGAAUGCGGAAGGAUAGAAUGAACAUGAUUCAAACAUUGAAUCAGUACAAAGUCCUGCACGAAGUUCUCGCCGAGGGCCUUACAGUUGUAUCUGAGAGUAUGACAGGUUCUAAAUUCAGCAAGAAAGUCCUCAGUCUUUUUGCUGAAGGCAAAGUCGAAGCACAGUUCAAAGUUUUGGAGAAAAACAAACCUAAUUAUAAGGUAAAAGAGACUGCCCUUUCCAGAAGUAACAAACAGAAGAACAAGGACAUAGCUAUACCAGCAGUGGAGAAAUACCGAAUAUAUCUAACAUCUGCUGAAUCGAACUAUAUCAACGCUGUUAAUAUACCGGAUGGCAAACCCUGGCCUACGGAUACAACACAUCUUGAAACGUUUGGGGACUUCACUGUUCAGUAUGACAAAAGUCAGUCCAAAGCAUUGGAUUCAGAUCUUUUGGUGGAACGGAAGCUUUCACUUCAUGACAAGAGAACUACGACCGAAACUGUUGUAACCGUUCACGAAACAUCAUCUUGGAAGGGCAAAGGUUCACUUCCCUCUAUGAAGUCGAUGUUGGAAUUAAUUCAACAUGUCCUUACCUUAAAAAGCAGUGUGUCAUCAACAAUUGUCCUAGCCUGUCCUGAUGGCGCCACAGACAGUGGUCUGUUGUGUGUUCUGUGUAACGUGAUGGAACGUCUGGAGGUUGACGGUGACAUAGACAUCAUGGCGGCGGUCCGACAAAUUCAGAUACGAAGACCGCAGUGUCUGUCUGAUAAGGAACAGUACCAGUUUUGCUACAAUGUGAUGAAAGAACAUAUGGAAACAGCAAGCAUUUACGCUAACGAUUGA